GUCUAUAUGCAGCAGCUCGUGAUCUUGGCAUAGAAUGGGCUGUAAUUAAAGCAGUGUCGGAUUUUGCCGACGGAAGUAAAGAGAAAACAAAACUUUGGCGGCCAUUUGCCAGCGGAAUGGCGGCAUCUGUUGUAUAUAAUAUAUCUCAACAUCCUGUUGUGCUAAAAGAAUGGCGUCACUACAACGCAGAAGGUAAGUAUUCUGUUAUACCGACUCCACCCGUUUCCAUCGACCAGUUUCUUAAAAAUAUUGCUGGUACAACUUUUUACCAUCUUCAUUUCUUCCUGAUAGGCUAAUUCCAUCCUUUCUUCUUCCCGUAUCUAAUAUUCUACUACAUCCCCUAAAAUAAACACGUUCACCUUUAUAUUCAAAUGACUAUCAUUUGCCCUUUUCAUCCUUCUUACCACUAUCAAGGCCACGCUAUUAAUAGGGAGUCAAGGCCACUCUAAUAGGGAGUUUAAGAUGCGAACAACGAGUACGGUUGAAGGCUUGUUUUCGCAUGGCUUUAACAAUGGCAGACAACAUUUACAUAUCCCCAGAACAUACUUUUCACCGUAGCGACCUUGGCUACAGCGUAAAAAUCACAUUCUUGUGUUGUAAAACAGAAUCAAGAACAUAGCACCGAAACUGACUACGCAACGUUGCAGGUUGGAGAGUAUUUUUAUAAAGAAGUGAUGAAAAUAUAAAGAUGAAACUUGCCGAACACAAAGCCAUGCACAUAAAACAUAUUUGGGAUAAAUUUGUUAUGACAAGAAUUUAAUAUUUUCAUACAUAUAACAAAAACUAUUUCAAACGUAGUCGGUAGUUCGUCGUCAAGAUCUUAAACUCCCUAUUGCGUAUGAGAGAAACGUAUGAGAAGCGCAUGAAAAUUAAUGAAAUUUCCAUAUGCACAAAAAUCCCUUCAAAUGCCCACCAUACAGUACGUCCGAAUACGCACAAAAUGUUUAAGCAUGCUUAAAAAAAACCGUUUCUGUCUCACCCUAUGCCACCGUAUGCGUCCGUGCUUGAAUAUAAUAAUCAUCACUAUUAUUACCUCCGCCAGGAAGUUAUGUUUUUAUCUGCGUUUGUACAUAAUCUGUCAAGAUAUGAUGGUCUGGAAGCCCAGCAAACUUCAAGCCACAAAAUAGAAGAGCUUUGUUUGAUGUUGAACUGUAUCUCACCGUGCACAAAUCCUUUCUCUCAACUUCAUUAAAUAUUAUUCAUCGUGGUUGCACGUUUCAUCUCAGCUAUCCCUAUUGGGCGGUUACUUCAUUAUAUGAAAAUACAAUGAACUCAAUCACCGUGACUGUGCACAAAUUAACAUAAACUCAGAUAAAAAAUUUCACUUUAAUUUCUUAUUUGAACCGCCCCCCCCCCCCUUUAACUGGGGCCCCAGGGCAAAUUGCUCCCUCCAUCCCUCUGGUGGCCUCGACAGCACCUACAUUUACGACUAUCUAUGACAGCAUAUAUAGUUUCAUAAUAACAUGCUUGCAGGAAAGAAAUAUUUUCGUCUUGGCAAAUGAAAGGCGGCUUAGGCGUGACAAACCUCUAGAGGACUUCCAGGCCAGAGAAUCAGAGUAAUGUAUAAUUAUAGUAUUGUAGAUAAACUAUAAACUUUAAUAUAACCGGAAAUUAACUAUUUGACAUUGAUAUUUAUAGUAAUGACACUAAAGACAAUUAUAGCGUGAUUGACAUUUAAUAUAAAAACAAGAGCGACGAGAAUAUGGGGAUUUGGUGUAAACAAUAGCGUAAAUAUAAUAAAUUUGAUAUUUAACAGAGCAGAUUAGUCGAAAAUAUUAUACAUGGUCCUUCGAGAGUCGGAUUAAACGAUUGAGAGAUGUCUACCGUUGCGAAAAAGAAGAAAAUACGCCAAGGUCACCGAGCUUACGCUUCGAAAAUAUUAGGAAAUGUGAAAAGCGUAAUACAGAAUUAUGACUCGUCGAAUGAAAGCAGAUUGAGACAACUCAAGAUUUCCUUAGAAGAGAGAUUAAAGAAACUGAAACUUUAGACGAAGAAAUACUCGAAGUUAUUGAAGACAGCGAAAUUACGAGCGAAAUAGAAGAGUCUGGAGAGUUUACCGAGAAUAUUUAUGGAGCUAUUGUAGAGAUCGACAGCGUUUUGUCGAAGAGCAAAUUACACCAACAACUAGAAAACAACGGAGACAAUUUAAUCGGAGAAGCAGGGAGUUUAUCGCAAAGCAAUGGAUCGAAGAAUAAACACGCAAAACUACCGAAACUUGUAUUAAAUACAUUUUACGGAGAACCAACUCAAUGGCUGUCGUUUUGGAAUUGUUUUGAAAGCGCUGUUAAUAAGAACGAUGAACUGUCUAAGGUGGACAAAUUUAAUUAUCUCAAGAGUCUCUUGAAAGGUCCAGCAGCGUUGACAAUCGCAGGUCUACAACCUUCGGCAGAAAACUACGAUACAGCGGUGAAAUUAUUACAAGAGCGCUUUGGAAAUAAACAAGUAAUAAUUAGCGGUCAUAUGGACAGUUUGUUAAAAAUAACAUCAUUGAACGUUUCGAAUGACGUAAAGAAACUACGACAAAUGUACGACAAAGUUGAGACACAUGUAAGAGGUCUACAAGCUCUAGAAGUUCCCACUGAAUCAUACGGUAGUCUUUUGGUGCCUAUAUUGAUGACCAAAAUUCCAGAGGACAUUCGAAUAUUGCUAGGGCGACAGAUUAAAGAAGACAAAGAUUGGAAACUUGAUGAGUUACUUCGCCUUCUACAAGAAGAAAUUAAGAACCGAGAACGAUGUGAGGGAAUUAAAGCAAUCGAGACACCUUCAGAAAACCGCGAGAGAAAAUAUCAGCGAAAAGAUCCUUCGUCAUUAGCAGCGUUGUUGGCAGAAGAAAAAGCAGCGCGAAUUGACUGUACCUAUUGUAAACAGCCACACCCAACAGUAGAAUGCAACAGUAGAAGCGAGAAAACAGAUUUUAAUGAAACAAGGACGGUGUUUUAGAUGCCUUAAACGAAACCACAUCGCCCGAGAUUGUCAAACGAAAACAACUUGUCAAAAGUGCUCAAGAAAACAUCAUGUUAGUUUAUGCGAGAGUGAACAACAACAAAAACGAGACAACCUUGGGAAAUCGCCAGAAGAAAAGUCCAACCAGUCCAGCACACUUUACGUUAGCUCAAAGAACUCCAUUCUACUUCAAACUGCACAAGCUUUCGUUGGAUUAAGAGAGUCAAAUUCCGGGGUUCGUGUUAGAGUUAUAUUUGAUUCGGGAAGUCAGAAGAGUUUUAUUAAAAGAAGUGUGCGAGAUCAACUGAAAUUACCAACAAUCGCCAAGGAGUCUUUGGUCAUAAAAACGUUCGGAAAUGAUGAGAUCAACCGCAAGGAAACCUGUGACAAAGUUCAAUUCACAGUCGGAGAUAUUGGAGGACGUUUCUCGACCAAAAUGGAAGCCUAUGUUGUGCCUGAUAUUUGUGCGCCAAUUUCUAAUCAAGAAAUCGACCGAGCCAAACGUUGUUAUGCUCAUCUGAAGAAAAUCGACUUAGCUGAUAGUAACCAUGGUAACGAAGAGAUGGAAAUUCAGUUGCUGAUCGGAGCGGAUUAUAUGUGGUCCUUUUUCACGGGAGAAAUCGCGAGAGGAGAGCAAGAGAUUGGUCCAGUGGCGAGCAAAACAAGUCUUGGAUGGGUACUAUCGGGUCCAAUUUCAACUACGAAGAAACAGAAACUGUCUAACGUAAAUUUUGUUUCAGCACACGUGCUAAAGAUUGCCGGAAAUUGCCAAGAGAAACCCACAGCUGAAGAAUUACUUCACAAGUUAUGGGAUAUCGAGUCCAUUGGUAUACGAGAUAAAGAAACAGUCCACGAAUCGUUUUUGAAGAACGUCACCUUUGAAGAUGGAAGAUAUUCUGUUAGCUUACCAUUAAAGGAACAACACGAACUUUUACCAGACAACUAUGACCUGAGCUUAGCGAGAUUGAACACUUUGGUUAAACGUCUGCGUAAAGACCAACCAAUCCUUCAAGAGUACAACGGAAUUAUCGAAGAACAGCUUCACCAGGGAAUAGUUGAAAGAGUUCAAGAAUCGCAAGAGCAUCAAGUCGGACAGACACACUACUUACCGCAUCAAGCGGUCAUCAGAAAAGAUGCAUUAACCACAAAGACAAGAGUUGUAUUUGACGCCAGUGCGAAGGUCUGCAAGAAUUAUCCUUCCUUGAACGAUUGCAUUUAUACUGGCCCGUCAUUAACACCAGGAAUAUUUGACAUACUACUACGCUUCAGACGAAACAAAGUAGGACUAGUUGCCGACAUCGAAAAGGCUUUUUUGAACAUAGCUAUUGACGAGAAACAAAGAGAUUUGAUGCGAUUUCUGUGGCUGGACGACAUCAACAGCGAAGACCCAAAUGUCGAAGUUUAUCGAUUUGCGAGAGUUAUUUUUGGAAUGAACUGCUCCCCAUUUCUAUUAAAUGCUACGCUACAUCAUCACGUUUCGGAAUAUUACCGUAAAGAUCUAGCUUUGGCAAAGGCCCUGUUAGAUGCUUUGUACGUGGACGACUGGACAUCAGGCGAAGAAGAUGAAGAUCGAGCGUAUGAACUGUAUCGUGAAACUAACGAGUGUUUUGCUUCAGGGGGUUUAAAGUUGCGAAAAUGGGCAUCGAACAACAAAGCAGUCAUCGACAAGAUUACCCAAGAGAGAGAACAAAGAGAAGGAGUAAAUAAAGCUGAUAUCGCCACAAAGGACGACGAAUCUUAUGCCAAAACCACGGUUGGUGGUCUGGACGAAAUUGACCCUACUACGGAGCAUAAAGUUUUGGGACUUAACUGGAACCUUAAAAACGAUACAUUUAUUCUGAAACUGAACAAGAUCUCUAACCUUGGAAAAGGUCUUGAACCAACAAAACGGAACGUCUUGAAAGUUGCCGCCAAAUUGUUUGAUCCUUUGGGCUUGAUCUCGCCAGCGACAGUGCAACUUCGUAUGCUGCUGCAAGAUUUAUGUGCCAAGAAAUAUGACUGGGACAGUAUUAUUUCCCAAUCAAGUGCCAAAAUUCUUCGGAUAUGGCUCGAUGAUGCAGAGAAAGUUGACCGAAUU